UUUUCUUUUUUGUGUUUCAACGGGCAAGAUUUUUUCCCCUCAAUUUCUCUCACUAAUAACUCUUAGAUUUUUUUGAUCUUUUUUGGGUUUCAAAGGGUUUGCGUUUUAGCUGAAUUCCCGUCACUUAGAGGUUAUGUUAAGAGGAAAAUGGCUGAACUGAAAGUAGAGGACUGUUGUACUGAGAAUAAGCAAUCAGCUGCUGCUUCUAACUCUUCUGUUUCUGAAAAUAGUGCUAGUGUUACUUUAAGGUCACCGACAGUAUCUAGCCCGACUCCUACAUCACCAACUCAUAGGAGAACCUCUGGUCCAAUUAGGCGAGCAAAGGGUGGUUGGACUCCUGAGGAGGAUGAUUCUUUGAAAAGGGCUGUUGCAGUUUUCAGAGGAAAAUGUUGGAAAAAAAUAGCCGAGUUCUUCCCGGAUAGAUCUGAAGUGCAAUGCCUGCAUCGAUGGCAGAAGGUUCUCAAUCCGGAUCUUGUCAAAGGACCAUGGACUCGGGAGGAGGAUGAUAAGAUCAUUGAACUGGUCGCCAAGUAUGGGCCUAUGAAAUGGUCUGUCAUAGCUAAAUCAUUGCCUGGUCGAAUAGGGAAGCAAUGUCGUGAGAGGUGGCACAAUCAUUUGAAUCCCAAUAUAAAAAAAGAUGCUUGGACACUGGAGGAGGAACGGGCACUCAUAGAUGCUCAUCGGAUCCAUGGUAACAAGUGGGCUGAAAUUGCUAAGGUCCUGCCCGGAAGGACUGAUAAUGCAAUCAAGAAUCACUGGAAUAGCUCUUUGAGAAAGAAAUUAGACUUUUAUUUAGCUACUGGAAACCUUCCACCUGCUACUAGGGACGGCCUGCAAAAUGGUUGUAAGGACACUACUGAAACAGCUAAAGCAGAGGAGUUACUUGCAGCUUCAUCAGGAACUGCAGAUAUGUGUAAAAUAGAAAAUGGAUGGCAGGUCGCAGAAAUCAGUGCUUCAAAUGGUGGUCCUCAAACUGACUCCACUGAUUCUGAAGUCGUCAGGUUGGAAGCUCAAUCACCAGAAAUAGAUGCUAUUCGACACAUCCAACCAAGUACAGAAUCAGAAAACAUGUACGAAGGACGGAGAAUAAAUAGUGUUGUAGAUCGACUAAAAGUUGUUGAAGCACCAUUUCGAUGUGAAAUCCCUGCAUGUGGUACGUUAUACUAUGAACCACCAACAUCAGAAAGUUGUAUUCCACUGGAUUCAGAUCUUCUAAAUAUCCGCUGGGCACAAUGUGAAUCUGAUGCAAGUCCAAGCCCGUCACCAAAUGGUUUCUUCACUCCACCUAGUACAAAGAGUAGUAGCCUAUAUGCACAAACCCCUGAAUCCGUACUGAAAAUUGCUGCUAGAAGCUUCCCGAAUACGCCUUCCAUAUUAAGGAAGAGAAAGACUCAAGCCAAACUUUCCACGCCAACUAAUAAAAUGGGGAAAUCAGAUGGAGAUUUCUGCAAGGACAAACCUAUUGAUGCGUGUGAAGAGAUCCUUCCAAGGAAUUCUUCCAAUGGUAUUGGGCUAUACAAUAGUCAAGCAUUUAAUGCCUCUCCUCCCUAUCGAUUAAGGUCUAGACGAACAUCUAUCUUCAAGUCUGUGGAGAAGCAGCUUGAAUUUACACUCGACAACGAGAAGCAUGAUAUAAGUAAUGGAAUCAGUGAGUCAACUGUUAACGAUAUAUCACAUGCAGCCAAAGAUUGUUCACAGUCAGCUAAGAAGGAUACAGAUAAGAAGGUGGAAUAAGUGCUGAACACUUGCAAUGUCUAACAGUGGCUGCUAUAGGAAAUGGAAGUUCAGAAGUAAUCAGUAACAUCAGAAGAAUUUUAGACACUUCUUGAAACGACACAAGACUCGAUCUGUCAUAUACAGUUUUGUAGAUCUCUUCGCUUGCAUCACAAUUAUGUGCAGGUUAUUGACUAUUGGUUAUUCGUAGAUGGUACAGUCGAUUUCUAUUAUACGUUGAAAGAUUGUUAAAGCUGCAAUUGAUUUGUACAGAACUGCUUUAAACAGGUCUUCGGAAUAGUUUCACACUGAAAAUAGUCGCUUAAUAAGAGCAGUUGUCUAGUUACCUGGUAUAUCAUAGUUCAUACCAUUCAGAAAGUAAGAUUACCAGCUUUUCUUGACUCA